AUGGAAUCCACGUUUGAGCGGUUCGGCGCAGUCACUCGACUCGGUCUCUAUCUCGCUUUCAUUCUAUGGUCAAUUCUCCUCUUCUUUCUAUGCAUUGCGCGCAUAAAUUAUACCGACCAUCGCAGAAACGAGCCGUCCUUGAAUGGUGGCGCGCCGUUUUAUGAUCCAUCCGUAGUCGAACUAUUGGUGUGCUCCAUGUUGGGAAUGGCCUUUGGAGGCAUAAUGCUACGCAAUCUCUGGUUCCGCAAAUCCCAUUCCUUCCUCUCGACCAACACUUUUGAGAUUGUCGGCCUUGCCGUGCUUUGGUUGCUCUGGCUUGGCGGCGCCGCUGCUGCAUCGACUGUUUGGCCAGAUCUCAGCUGGUGUGUUCAGUAUCAGCCGUGUGUUGUCCUACAGGUCUUGAUGGCUUGGGCAUGGCUGGGAUGGAUCACGCUCACGCUCCUUCUAUUCCCUACUACCUUCCUCGUCUUCUCUCGUGGACAUUGGGCUGAAGAGUGCUUUGAUACCUGGGGCCACCGCAAGUUUGAAGGCAGUCUCAAGGGAGCGGGUACUUGGAGGCGCGAGGACGAAUCGACUCCACCUCCAGUCCCAAGCAAAAGUUCGAUUCGUAAUGGAAAGAUGAGAGAAGCCGGAGGGAUGGCCUAA